ACUUUUUCGGAAUGUGAAUGAGCUGCUGUAGCAGGCAGCUGGCAGCCGGCAGCUCUCGGCUAGGAGGGCUGGGGUGGGAGGUGACGGUGGUUUCCUCCCUGCUUGGCCCACCUCGAACAUCGACUCCCUUCUCCCGCGGCCCCGGGGAUGCAGCCGUAGCAGAGAUCAGGUUGGAGUUGGAGGGUGAAAGAAAAUGAAUUCUUUUUCUGAUAUACCUGUCAAGAACUUGACCAUUGCAGUCAAUAUGACCAAGACUUUGUCCUCACCGGUAACACAUGGAUUUAAUUCCACUAAUGACCCACCUUCAAUGUCAAUAACAAGGCUUUUCCCAGCCUUACUAGAAUGCUUUGGCAUAGUCCUUUGUGGCUACAUAGCAGGAAGGGCCAAUGUUAUAACAUCAACACAGGCGAAAGGACUGGGAAAUUUUGUCUCCAGGUUUGCACUUCCAGCUUUAUUAUUCAAAAACAUGGUUGUACUUAAUUUUUCCAAUGUGGAUUGGUCUUUUCUAUAUAGUAUCUUAAUUGCCAAAGCUUCUGUAUUUUUCAUUGUAUGUGUAUUAACCUUAUUGGUUGCCAGUCCCGAUAGUCGAUUUAGCAAAGCUGGACUAUUCCCUAUUUUUGCUACACAAAGUAACGACUUUGCAUUGGGAUAUCCUAUAGUUGAAGCUUUAUAUCAAACGACAUACCCAGAGUAUCUCCAGUACAUUUACUUAGUGGCGCCAAUAUCUCUUAUGAUGUUAAACCCUAUAGGGUUUAUCUUCUGUGAAAUGCAGAGAUGGAAAGACACUCCAAAUGCUUCUCAAAACAAAGUGAAAAUUGUGGGACUUGGACUUCUGCGUGUGUUACAGAACCCAAUAGUAUUUAUGGUUUUCAUUGGCAUUGCUUUCAAUUUUAUUCUUGAUCAAAAGGUCCCCGUAUAUAUGGAAAAUUUUCUUGAUGGACUUGCGAAUUCUUUUUCUGGAUCAGCUCUAUUUUAUCUUGGUCUUACAAUGGUAGGAAAAAUAAAGAAACUGAAGAAGUCAGCAUUUGUUGUACUAAUUCUUCUCAUCACAGCUAAACUCCUGGUGCUGCCACUUCUGUGCCGAGAAAUGGUGGAACUCUUGGACAAGGGCAACAGUGUAGUGAACCAUGCAAGUGUAUCGAAUUAUGCAUUUUUGUAUGGUGUCUUUCCUGUAGCACCAGGAGUGGCUAUCUUUGCAACACAGUUCAACAUGGAAGUAGAGAUUAUAACCUCAGGGAUGGUAAUAAGCACAUUUGUGUCUGCGCCAAUCAUGUACGUCUCUGCCUGGUUACUGACUUUUCCCACCAUGGACCCGAAGCCAUUGGCAUAUGCCAUCCAGAAUGUUAGUUUUGAUAUAAGUAUUAUCAGUCUGGUCUCCUUGAUCUGGUCUUUGGCUAUUCUCCUUUUGAGCAAGAAGUAUAAACAGCUUCCUCAUAUGCUUACAACUAAUUUACUCAUCGCUCAGUCUGUUGUCUGUGCUGGAAUGAUGAUAUGGCAUUUUGUUAAAGAAAAAAAUUUUGUUGGACAAAUUCUGGUGUUUGUUUUAUUGUACAGCUCCCUCUACAGCACCUACCUGUGGACAGGCCUUCUUGCAAUUGCUUUGCUUCUUUUGAAAAAGAGAGAAAGGGUACAAAUUCCUGUGGGAAUCAUCAUAAUAUCUGGCUGGGGGAUUCCUGCUCUCCUUGUUGGUAUUCUUUUGAUAACUGGAAAACAUAAUGGAGACAGCAUUGACUCAGCCUUCUUUUAUGGAAAAGAGCAGAUGAUCAUCACAGCGGUCACCCUGUUCUGCAGCAUUGUGAUAGCCAGCGUAUCACUCAUGUGUAUGUACCGCACCUCCCAAGCAGGACGCUAUGAAGGUUUCGACCAGUCUCAAGACCACAAAGCAGCAGAGCCUGGAAGCACUGCUUUUGAGGAUAGUCCAGUGCCGAUAAAUGAACCUGAACCUUUUACAAGUUCUAUCCCAGCAACAAGUUGCUGCUCCUGCUCCAUGGGAAAUGGUGAAUUAUGCUGCCCAUCCACAGAACCAGUAGCAAACAUAAGCAACAGUGGCUCUGUGACUCCCUCGUUUGAGGAAAAUGAACAUUGUGUGAGUCGCUGUAACUCCCAGAGCUGCAUAUUAGCCCAGGAAGAGGAGCAGUAUCUACAAAGUGGAGACCGGCAACUGACUCGACAUGUGUUUUUGUGUUUACUUCUCAUUAUUGGCCUGUUUGCUAAUCUUUCCAGUUGUUUAUGGUGGCUAUUCAACCAAGAGCCUGGGAGACUAUAUGUUGAGUUACAGUUUUUCUGUGCUGUGUUUAACUUUGGCCAGGGAUUUAUUUCCUUUGGCAUCUUUGGAUUGGACAAACAUUUAAUCAUCCUACCCUUCAAAAGAAGACUUGAAUUCCUAUGGAACAAUAAAGAAACAGCAGAAAAUAGGGAUUCUUCUGUUCCUGAGGAAAUAAAAAUGACCUGUCAACAGUUUAUCCAUUAUCACCGUGACCUCUGUAUCCAAAACAUUGUGAAGGAAAGAAGGUGUGGUGCAAAGACUUCUGUCGGGACCUUCUGUGGCUGUGACCUCGUGAGCUGGCUAAUUGAAGUUGGCCUUGCCUCCGACCGUGGUGAAGCUGUGAUAUAUGGAGAUAAACUGGUGCAAGGGGGAGUCAUCCAACAUAUCACCAACAAUUAUGAAUUUCGGGAUGAGUACUUGUUUUACAGAUUUCUUCAAAAGAGUCCUGAACAGAGUCCUCCUGCUAUUAAUGCAAACAUUCCCCAACAGGAAAGAUACAAAGAAAUUGAGCAUUCAUCCCCAUCCCUUAAGACCUAAGUUAUAAAGGAGACAAGCCCACAUGGAGUCGUAUCUAGCCCCAGAUCUGUUACUUAUUAGUUAGGGGACCUUGGGCAAAUCACAACCUCUCUGAGCCUCAGUUGCCUCUUCUGUAAAAUUUGACAAGACAUGUUCCCACCCCAUGCUAAUAUUCUGUGAUUUCAUGUGUAUGUAAAACACACAGGAAACUGACUUAGAAAAAAGAGAAACAAAUCAAAAUUUAAAGUUCUGAUAAUGAAUAUAAUA